UCUAACUUGAAGACUACAUACAUACAAAGUUCAACGUUCAACGUUCAACGUGGACAUCGAAAACCAAGCUGGCUUCGGUUUUAGCAAUAUAUCUUAGAUCUUGCCGGCCUUUAUUUUAUGUCUUUGUUACCAAACCGGCCCAGAGCCCGCAGCAGCUCAGCACGUCCCCAGUCCACUACUUCCAAAGAGAAAACGAAAAGCAAUUUAGCAUCUACUCCUCCCGACGUUAUCGAGCUCACAGACUCAAGUGACGAGGACUGUGUCACUACGAAGAAAUCGUCGCGCGACGUUACCCGAUCUGGUCAUACCCUACCUCGAACACAAUCGACUCCGAAGCCACUUGGUACUUCGGCAUCUGCGGAAAAUAUCCCUUCAUCCUCCGCUCAACGAGAAUCGAAAACGAAAAUGUUCCCGCAUUCCUUGCCAAGCGACGAAGAAAACGUUCCUCCGUCGCGAAAUUCCAAUUUGCCUUCCAUUAUCGAAGACUUCGUCGUCGUUGAUCUGGUGCCACUCAAGCACCUCGAAGGUGACCAUGUUGAAAAAAAUCAACUCAUGGAAAUGCAGGCAGAGAAAAAUGCUCAAUUGUCAAUGCUUUCUCAAGUGUUAGAGCUUGUUCCCGAUGUGCAACCAGAGUAUGCUGAGGAACUGAUAUUGCAGCAUUCCACUACUCGUCAGGGUGAGGUCUUGGAGGCAGUCAUUCACGCACUUUUCGAAAACCCAGCAUAUCCAAAGAUUGACAAGAAAGGAAAGCGAAAGUCAACAGAACAGCAUCACGAUGAAGGAGGCCACAAAAAGCCCCGUUUAGACGAGCCGGAUUAUUCGCGGUUAGACCGAGAAUACAAGGGUGGUGUUCACUAUUCCGACUUGAGCAUCGAGCAUCUCAUGGUCGAUUUUCCGGAUAUUCCUAAGCCUUACAUACGGAAAAUCCUUUAUGCCAACAAGAGUCUGUAUGCGCCUGCUCAUCUGUAUCUCCGUGAAGAACAGCAGCGUGGUCCACCUUUCGCCUAUGUUCCGAAGAAGACACUCUACAAACCAUCAUCCAAAGGGAAACAUCGAGCGUUAGAAGAUGCUGAAUUUGAACAGGAGCGGGCUUGGCUGUUAGAAAAACUGAAAGGAGAUGAUGUCAAGAUGGAUGGUGCUGUUGCUGAACGAGUCAACCAGCAAGAAUACGAGGAAUGUGGAGAUGGUAUAGAAUGUGGAUGCUGCUUCACAACAUAUCCAUUUGACAAGAUGAUUCAAUGCCCGGAUGCACAUCUUUUCUGCUCGGAUUGUAUGAGCUCUUAUGCCGAAAACUUGCUAGGUGCACACAACAUCAAUAUCAUCUGCAUGGAUCAGUCGGAAUGUAAGCUUCUGUUCCCAGUCUCAGAGCUUCGUCGGUUCCUUUCCGACAAGCUUCUGGAGCUAUACGAACGCGUAAAGCAGAGGAAGGAGAUCGAAAUGGCUGGUUUGGAAGGGUUAGAAGAGUGUCCCUUCUGCGAAUACAAGUGUGUCAUCGAAAACCCGAAUGAGAAGCUUUUUCGUUGUGGCAAUGAGAAAACGUGUGGUGCAAUCACUUGUCGACAAUGUAAAAAAACGGAUCAUCUCCCAAAAAGCUGUAAAGAGAUGGAAGAAGACAAAGUUCUUGACGGUCGCCAUCUUAUUGAGGAAGCGAUGACUCGUGCACUGAUGAGAAAUUGUCCUCAUUGUGAUAAAUCCUUUGUCAAAGAAGAAGGAUGUAACAAAAUGACAUGUCCUCAUUGCCACACCCUCUCAUGUUAUGUUUGCCGACAACAGGUAACAGGUUAUGACCAUUUUAAUCAGGCUAAUCCUAGAGCUCCCGGAUCGAGCAGCAGCAAAAAAUGUCCCUUAUGGGAACCUGUUGAAAGCCGCCACGCCCAGGAGGUAAAGGCUGCUGCCGAAAAGGCAUUAGAGGACUACAAGCGCGACAAUCCAGACGUUAGUGAGACUGACAUCAAGGUCGAUGUUCCGAAAUUCCCUGGGCAUGUGCAAGCACCCAAUGCGGCUGCUGAUCCACUUGGAUACGGUCUUCCUGGCAUGCCCAGAAACAAUCCUUACGCACCAAUGGCAAUGCAACCGCAUCUUCAACAUGUUCAUAACAUCCUACGCCAUCGCGCCGCGCUUUACGCGGCGGCUCUUCCCCCAGCUCCAGACCCUCCACAACCUCCGGCCCCCGUUCGUGCUGUCAGAGUGCAGCCAAGAGGCCAUAGGCACAGAUGGCGUUGAACUUAAACAAAUAGUUUUGAUUCAAGUACGUUCAUAAACAUGUCUAACAUAUUCACCAUCAUAUUUAAUUGGACGUACUUGAUAUGAAACUUAUUGUUCAACAGGUCAUCAGUUUGUAGCUACUUAGAGCGAUACGAAAAAUUUGCACUA